GCCACAUGAAGCCACACACACUACAACUGUCCACAGGGAGCAGAAAACGCAGAGCUACAGCUACAAUAGCUUGUGGAGAUAUACAGUAAAAGGAACACAAUAAUGAGGGUCAGCCUGCAAACUCUGAUAACAUGUCUACUGUGGUGCUGUGCAGUAACAGCACAGACGGUAGAUCAAUCUGCCACACCAACAUUAUUUUCAUCAGCUUCCUCAACAACAAAACCAACCUCUUUCUCGCAAAUACCUCCACUGAAUUCUGGGAACAGGUCAACCACCGUCAGCUCUGUGAAUUCAUCAACUACCCAACCUGCCAUGUCAUCUGCUAUUGUCACCAAUAUAAAUCCCACCAGUAUGGCUCCGUCUAUAGCUCAAUCUACCAACAAUAUAGCUAAGGACACGACAGAAAAAGAAGCCUUACCUAUGUCCUCUUCCUCUUCUUCCUCAUCCCCGUCGUCCACAUCUAUCACAACUCAGACCCAGGACUCUAGCACCAACAUCACCAGCACCACUCCCAGCACUACAAAAACCAAAAGCACCCCAACCAGCACCAGCAUCACCACCCCCAGCACCAUCCCCAGCACUACACAAACAAACAGCACCACCACCAGCACCACCAACCCCAGCACCAUCCCCAGCACUUCACAAACCAACAGCACCAGAAUCACCAGCCCCAGCACUUCACAAACCAACAGCACCACCACCAGCACCACCAACCCCAGCACCAUCCCCAGCACUUCACAAACCAACAGCACCAGAAUCACCAGCCCCAGCACUUCACAAACCAACAGCACCAGCAUCACCAACCCCAGCACCAACCCAAGCACUACACAAACCAACACCACCAUCACCAGCCCCAGUACUUCACAAACCAACAGCACCACCACCACCACCACCAGCAUCACCAACCCCAGCACCAUCCCCAGCACUACACAAACCAACAACACCACCACCGCCACCCAGCCCAACAGCGCCACCACCAGUGCCACACAAUCCACCACACAGGUACAAGAGGGACAUAUGUCCAGGACUCAGAGCUCAGGAAGUAUUGCAGCCAUUUGUCUGUUUAUCCUCAUUGUCAUCGUCAUUGUCAUUGUGUUGAUUAUGCUGUACUACAGAAAGAUCAGACGUACAUCCUACGGUCCUCUUCUGGACGACGAACACAGGACUUUGGGAAACUUCAGCAAUCCCAUGUAUGACUCUUGAAUUUUAAAUCUUGACCUCCUAAACCCAAAGUCCUCAGUCUACAGAAGGAGACGUUCUGAUCAGAUUGUGUUUGUAGUGUGUGCAUAAUGAGUCCAGGAGUUCAGUUUUAUAACUGUGACAUGCGGCCUGAUAGCUUGAUUCCACUCAGUUGCAAAAUGCAAAACAAAUGCAAACGUUUCUUUUGAUCUUUGCUCAAGUAGCCUCAUUUUUUACUGCUAGGUACAAUAAACAUGAAUGAAAAUAAAACUGCAGUACUCAGUCAGCGAUACAAUACUGUAGACAGCACAUAAUCAUAUUACCACGACUGAAAGGUCACAGGUUAAAUCCCAGUGAAAACAAGCGUGUUCAUCAGAGGAAUAAUGAAUCUCACAGGAUAUUUGUAAGAAAAAGUUUUCUGUCUGAUAAGUACCGAAAGGAGUGGAUUGUGUGAACUCAGCCAGGUUUCCAUGUUUCUUUUAUUAUCAUGGAUUGUUCUCAAAGGCACCUGCUGAGAAACUUUCCCUACUUAAACUGUGAAAUUAUGAGAUUUCGCAAAAGCAGAUAAAUGUUCAGAUUUUCAAAAUUUCACUUAUCAACCUAAAUGUAGCCAACAAGACAAAGUUUAAAACUUCAAAGCUUAGACAACACUCAUCUACAAAUUUCCUGCUUUUACAUAUACUUUGAGAUUCUGUAGUUUAGGAGGAGGUAAAGAGUUAGUCAUUUGUAGUGGAAAUGGAAAUUCUAAGAAAGCGCAGAAAAGGAUGGUGAUGACACAUAACUGUCUUCACUUUUCCCGAUUGGUUUGACAGAACAGGGAGGAUGAAAAGGAAGAAUGAAAAUAAGAACUAGAGAAUAGAAAUCCAAUUUUAAGGAGAAAGAAAGACAGGAAGGAAAAGACAAAAAUAAAAUGUGGGGCAGGGAAUUGCGUCUCUCAUACCUGAUCAACUUCAACUACUAUUUAUGAGUGAGUUAUUAUUAUUGAGUGUUAUUAGUGUGAAGUUUUUUUUUUCUAGUUUUGUUUUAGUGUGAUUUUGCUGUGAUUAGCAGCUGCAUUUCUGAUUUGAUUGCUUUAGUAUUUGAUAUAGUAUAUUUUGUUUGCAUUCAGGUGAUGAGCAAUGUGACAGUUUUUAUUGUGUGAUAUGAUUGUAUUAAAUUGUUUGUGCAAUAAAAGUGAUAAAUAAAUAA